UUUCCAGGCAGUUGCCGGUAAACGAUAGACGUCUGACGAGAGACGAGAGGACGCGUAAAUGUCCUGAAAAUUGUAACGGAGAAACGAAAGCUUCCGUUCUCCGUCUAAAAUCCGGAAGCUGAUUCUAUCGCGAUCGGGGAUAAGAUGUUUAAGUUCUGGAAUUCUCCGGACCAACAAGCUCAACCACGGCCCCAGGAAAUUUCUACUGGUUCAUGGGGUCCACCAUCUGUAGUUAGUUCACCUAGUUCUUCUCGUCCUGGAACACCAAGUGUUAGUUCUUCUGGCAGCUUCAGUAUUCAAAGGCCAGCAGAUCGAUCACAAUCUUCAGCGCAUGUUUCUCCAUCAGAGGCUGCUGGCAUUAUUGCUCAUUUAAAAGAUAAAAGUGUUGACGAGUUGCGGAAGCUUCUUUCUGACAAGGAUGCUUAUCACAAUUUUUUACUUUCUCUGGAACCUGUAAAAACUCAAAACAAAGUCAGGGAUGAACUUCGGAAUGAAACCUUGCAACUUGCUAGUGCGAAUUUGGAUAAGGAGCCUCGCAUAAUGGAGCUUAGGAAUCAGUGCAGAAUUAUUCGCACUACUGAGUUGGCUGCUGCUCAAGAAAAGUUGCAUGAGCUAGACAGGAAAAAGGAAGAGACCCUAAAGUUUUAUGCUCCGGUAUCCCUCCUUCGUCAGCUUCAAGAGGCCAUGAGUACAGCUGAGGAAGAAUCUGAAGCCCUCCACAGACAGCUUCUUGAUCGAGAAAUUGAUCUUGGUUCUUUCAUACAAAAGUACAAGAAAUUGCGCUGCACAUAUCAUAGACGAGCUCUCACCCAUCUUGCUGCCAAGACAUCUUUAAAUGGCUAGACGCUUUGUAACAUACUGUAUAUGUGAAUACUCUAUAAUCAUUUAUUUUUCUUUUAAAGUUGCAAUAUUUUAAAGGGGUGUGUUGUUGGGAACGCUACUGGUCUGUAAUUUCCUGCUGCUACGCUCAGGCCUUGCGCCCUUUUGUUUUCACAGCGUUGUUUAGUUGGUAAUUUUAACACGUAUCUA